AUGUCGAGUGCGGAGAACAAGAACGGAAGGAAGGGAAAGCCCAAGGCCUACGUUAGCACGGUCAUCGACGCCCCGAUCGAGGCGGUGUGGGCUACUGCCGGGCGGAGAGCAGAGUUUGAUGAGGCGGCCGUGGAGCAGGCCAUCGAGCAGGGCGUUUACACGAGUGCCUUCAACAGCCUCCGUAAGGCCGCCGCCGUCUGA